AUAUAAAAGAAGAGACUAUUAUUAGAGUAGAACAAGUGUUUGAUGAGCUGUUAGAAUCAAAACUAAGGCUUAAUGAUUUAUAUCAGUGUGCACACUCCGUUUCUGAGCAAAUAUCGGAUGAUAUUUAUGACGAAAUCAAUAAUCAUUCGCAACAAAUUGAGAAAAAAACGGUAAACUUUAUAUAUGAACUAAAAGAAUGUCUUAUUAAAGUACGCAGUGACACAGCGGAAAUCGAUAUACUUGACAGCAGCAUACAACAAUUAGAAAAUAGCAUAUUAUCGAAGGAUUCAGUUAUGGGAUUCAUCAAUAAACACCAAUCAAUUUUUAUAAAAACCGAAUUGAUAUCAGUAUUAAAGACGAAUAAA